GUAAACGGAAAGAAGGUGAAAGAAAAGAAAGCAAAAUGGUCGUUUGGUGAGAAUGAGAUGCUAUAGUAUUACUACCUAGUCUAACAAAACUACCAGUCCUAAACUCCGAUGACAUCCAUUUACCAGAAAACCUAACGAAACCCCCAAUUUUUGCAACUCUUACUUCUUCUCGAGCUCAAUUGAAUUCAUCCAUGGCGUCAAAUGGAGCUCCUGCGACUGUUGAGAACACUGAAGCUAGUCUUGAGAAGAUCAAACGGCAAUUAGCUUCGAAUUCGGGCCGAAAUCUUUUACAAGGCCCUCUUUAUAAACGAUCUGAAACAUUGAGGAAAUGGAAUGAGAGAUGGGUGAUUUUAGAUCCUAGUACAGGGAAAAUGGAAUACAAGAUAAGGAGAAAUGAACCAAAUGUCAAGGGGACCAUGGUAUUUGAUACAAGUAGCACUAUCGCCUUGUCUCCUGUGAAUUUCCAUGGAUUACCGAAGUAUGAUGGCUGCUGCAUCUAUAUUGGAACCCCACAGAAGAAGGAUUAUUAUCUCUGUGCAGAAACUCCUGGUGCUGCAAAAGCCUGGGUGUCAACUUUACAUGCGUCACAGUUGGUAUUGAGAGCCCAUAAAGAGGCUGUGAAUUCAUUAAGUGGAAGUGGUUCUGCUCAACUUGGCACAGUCGCUGCUGUAGUUGCGGCUGCAAACUCAACUGCUCUGGAAGCGUCAAAAGAAAUUGAGGCGGCAAUGAAGGUUUCCUUAAGAACUGCUCUGGGAUCAAUGUUGAGCAAAUCCCCUGAUGGCCAAAUGGAUGAUACAACAAUCAUGAAGGAGACAUUACGGGUAAAAGAUGAAGAGUUACAGAAUCUAGCACGUGAACUCCGGGCAAGGGAUUCUGCAAUAAAGGAAUUAGCAGAAAAGCUAUCUGAGACUGCUCAAGCUGCAGAAGCUGCUGCAUCUGCAGCUCAUAGAAUGGACGACCAAAGGAGAAUUGCUUAUGCUGAAAAGGAGCAGCUAAAAGACGGUUAUGAGAAACAGUUGGAGUCUACUAUGGCUAAGUUGAGAGAGUCUGAAGAGAAGGUUGCAACUCUAAGUAAAGAAGUAGAUCAACUGAUUAAGCAGCGAGACUCUGCUGUUCAGGAGGCACAUUUAUGGAGAAGUGAGCUCGGUAAGGCUAGAGAACAUAGUGUGAUACUAGAAGCAGCUGUUGUGAGGGCAGAGGAGAAGGUGAGGAUGACAGAGACAGAUUGUGAAACCAGAAUAAAGGAAGCUGCACAGAGGGAAACAACAGUAUUGCAAGAGAAGCAAGAGCUUCUGAGUUAUGUUAAUGCACUACAAAUGCAGCUCCAGAGGCAGCAAAUUGAAACAACACAAGUUUUUGAGAAAGCAGAGACUCGUUCUAACAUGGAAGACACCCGUCCGCUAACUAAGCAUGUCGACUCAUCUGAUGAGAAUGUUGAUAAAGCAUGUCUUAGCAUCUCAAAAGCGGUUCCAGUCACCGAGGAUGGUGCUGUUCACUUGCCAGAAGAAGACCAAGGUAAUGUCCAUCCGAUUGGCGAUGGUCAAUGGAAUGAUAUUCAAGCAACUGAAUCAAGAAUAGCCGAUGUACGAGAAGUGGCUCCUGAUUUGGAAGGAAGGAGCCUGGAUAUCCCUGUAGUCAGUUCGCCAUUGAAUGAGCAGCCAGAGCAAGGAGGUUCCUUUCAUCAACAUUGAGGACGAAAGAUUCAGGGCUAGAGGAUGGAAGAUCCAAGAGUAAAGGGAGUGAAGUUUUACUGAUUGUUUAAAUUAUUCGUGAGGCUUAGUUUGUGAUGUACAUGAAAGUAAAUUCUGGACCUGAAAAUUGUAAUUCUUGUAGAAGGUCUGUGAUGAAAAUCAGGAGUUAUUUGUGCUAGAACAUUACUUUACAUGGUUCACAUCUUGUUGAGUUGAAUGAAACAUGAUGAAAAAUAUGUACUGCU